GUGGGCGCACAUGUAUUGCAUACGAAUCAGUGCGAAGAGUUGGCCAAAUGCUUUGAAUUGGCACUGAAUGGCAAACUUCAUGGGAAGCGACCAAUUGACGGCUCCGUUAGGAUGUCUUUACAACAGACUAAAUGCCAUAAAAGCUGUGAAUGUGGUAGUAAUGAGUCGAGUCGUCCUCUCAUUAGCUCCAGCUCUGAGAGCAGUGUCUGUGACGCCUGUUCAGAGAUAAUCCGAUUUAGCUGUUCCAACGGCUCCUCCAGCUUCGACAACGAGAUUAUCAUCGGCGGCAACGGUGACUGCGAUGAGCACUACUCGUCCCCAUCGACCUGCUCCACGAUCUUGCGCUGCUCGUCAACGCUGAGCUGCAACGGUGGCCAACCCUAUCACUCGCCCUCCGCCAGUGUGGCCGCAGAUAAUGAGUGCUACUUAACGAGCCAUUCAUCGCACGCGACGUUUAAUGGCUUUGCAGACAAUCGGUGCGCCAUUCAGUCCUUAUCUACCGUCGACUGCAAUACACUACCAAAAUGUACGCAAAACGAUAAGAAUCGGUGCUCUUCUUGGGCACCGUCUCAGUGCUGCAGUCAAUGCAGUGCUCAUCACUCGUAUUGCGCUGACAUUUACGACGGCAACGACGACGUGUUGUCCACCAAAAUGAUGGCAAACAAUACACUGUCGGCCAUAAACUUAUCGGACUUGCGAUCCAUUUCUCCCUCGUCUAUGAGAGACUGUUUCCGGCAUAAUAACAACGGCUGCACUCAUAACAUGAAUACGAUAACCAAAAAUGGAUGCAUUCUUCCCGAUCGGGCGUCCCUUUGCUCCCAGAGCUCCCACAGUUCAGGUGCCAGUAAUAGCAGCAAUAGUAGCGGUUCCCACAGUAGUGGGCACUCCUGUCACUGCAAUACAGAAUAUUCAGUCCCUCGACGUCAACAUAAACCACCACUUAUUGAGGACAUGCUGUACGACAAGCCUAAGAAUUUUCAGCACAAGAUCUGCAAUAUUAUGACUAAAAGGGAACAAAUGGCUCUUUGCAGCUGUCAUUUGGAUCACACGGAUGUGUCCAACAGAAACACAAUCACUUCCAGCCAUAAGAUUAUCGCCAAUAAUCCCAAAACAACGAUUUCGUGCGAGAAUUCUAAUCACUUUAUGCUAUUAAACGAUUCAAAUCGAGCUAAAUGUCAGCAAAUGGAAGAAUUUGGGGAACAGUACUAUUCAGUGCCCCGAACAGCCCUCGCAAACAUUUAUUUGAAGGAACUGAAAGCAUCGCAAAACUGUUUGUCUGACAACACCAUCAAAAACAUAGAGAAUGUGUGCGGAGACCAGUACGACGUCCCCCGAAAAUAUCAAGUACAUUGCCAUCAGAACACAGUUGCCAACAAUCAAAUGGAUUCCUCGCUAUUAAGUGCAUUAAGAGUGCAAAAAGUGUCGUCAAUUAGCCGACAAAAUGAGUGCAAAUCUGAUAUUCAGCUCCCAGUGAAUGGUAGUAAUGGUUCGGAAACACAGGGAGUCAACAAAGUUUUCGAUAAGAAUUACACGAUUGGCGAUAGGAAUGAGAGUGAAUGCAAUGCAUGUGUGCCCAGUAGUGCUCACACAGAAUGCCGUGAAUUAAAUAAUUGUGUUUCCAAAGCAAAACAGUCAACAAGUCUUCAAAAUGAUAAUUAUGUUAACAUUGAGUUCAUACAAUCGAUACCACUUUACGAGAAUAUUGAGUUCAUUCAAAGCAAGGAACUCAUAAUUGAUGCCAGAAUUAAAGGCGCCCUCAAAGAGCCAUUGGCUGAUAGUAAGCGCCAGAAUCAUGGUCUCUAUAACUAUGAGAUUAUGUCAGAGCUUAACGACAGGAAUCUCACGAAAAAAUCGAUAGACACGAGCGAAAGGGCACCGAUUGAUAACUAUAUGCUUAUGCGUCCGGUUAUGGCAAACAAAACUCGUGUAGAGAAGUCUAGUCCUCGCGAAUCGAUGGAAAAUAUUUCGCACAAUCCGUCAAAUCAGCAAAUGUUUGAAACAAUAAAUUCAAAUAAAAGUGGCAAAAGCUCGUCGACUAAGUUGAGUGGCAUUAAUGGCAUACAGAGUGAACCCAUCGAUGAACUCAAAAAGACAUUAUCAUAUCGUCAGCGCUCCAACUCGUCCGACAGGAACCGUGACAACCAUUUUUGCAUAUCUCUGCCAAACGCCAUGUCGUGUCCCUCGUCGCCGGCACCGCCACUCAGAUCCCAUUCCCUCCAACAGAGCCCACAGUAUUUCGUUGUCUCGAAAUUGUCGCAUAAAUCCAAAGAGAAAUCCUUUAGUAUUGACGACAUAUCAAAGACGCCGUUGUCUCAGACGCACAACCAUUUCGCAAAGUUUGGCCACAAAAUCGAUUGCCAUAAGUCAGCCGAUUGUCUUAAACAACGACUCGAUGCGGACUACCGGUCAUCAGACGAGGAUUUGUGCACAAGUAGCCAAAUAACGGUCCUCCGCGCCAGUCCUCAGCGGAGGCCCUCACGUAUCGGCACAUCCGCCAGAAUUGAAGCGCGAGGGCUGACCGCCGAAAGCUGUGAUGUUUUUGCCGGAAAAAUGCUUUCCGACGCAACACUUAAAACUGAAUCAAAACCCGUGCCGACUGUACAGCAACACGAAUGCCUCAAAUUUGUGGACUCCAGCACUUCAUCGUCAGAUAUGAGUGAUUACAUCGAAACACUAUCUCUCAGCUCCAGAGCCAGCAGUGGUAGUGAUCCAACAUAUGUCAGAUGCGAGGACUUAACACAGAAAUCUCCGCCAAUAAACCCAAUACUCGUUGAGUCAAAGCAAGUAAAUUCAGUCGACAAGAAAGUGAUGGAUUGUGUGACUCAUCGCCAGAAUGGACGGACACAUCAAAUCCUUUCGCCGGGAUAUGAGAGCCAACACUCUUCCGCUUUCAUA